AUGCAUCGUAGUUUGUGUACUCAGCAAAAUUUAUUUAGGAAGGCAAACUCAGAAAAUGAAUCAUUGACCUUAGUUAGCUUGAAAGUUGCUUAUUUGUUGGCGAAAGAAGGAAAACCCUUUAUGGAUGGAAACAUCGUUAAAGAGUGUAUGAUGGAAGAUGCUGGCGAGUUGUGCCCAGAAAAGUUGCAACUUUUCAAAAUGAUCAGUCUGUCCCGUAAUACUGUUGCUCGUCAAAUUGACAAUAUUGGAAACAAUAUUCUUCACCAGAUUACUGGUAAAGUACAGCGUUUCACUCGGUAUUCUCUCACGAUGGAUGAAUCAACUGAUGUUAGUGACACCUCACAACUUUUAGUUUUUGUUCGUGGAGUUGACGACGAACUGAAUGUCACACAAGAAUUAGCCUCCGUUAACAGCAUGCACAGCACUACAACUAGAGAAGAUAUCUUCAAAGUAGUACAAAAAACGUUGACAAAGUAUAACUUGGACUGGAAUCGACUCCAAGGUGUAACAAUUGAUGGAGAAAGAAACAUGUCUGGUGCAAACAACGGUGUGGUUGGGCAAAUUAGAAAAGCUUGUGAAGGUUUAGGAGCACCAGCACCAAUUUUUCUGCACUGUAUUAUCCAUCAACAAGCACUGUGUGUGAAAUAUGUCAAUAUGAGCUGCGUUUUAAAACCAGUUGUUUCUGUCGUAAAUUUUAUUCGAUCACAUGCACUCAAUCAUGGCCAAUUUCGAUCUUUUCUCGAACAAAUUGAAUCCAAGACUGGUGACUUGUCAUAUUAUACUGCAGUUCGAUGGCUUAGCUGUGUAAAAGUGCUAUUACAGUUCUUUAAGCUUAGAAAUGAAAUUAAUUUAUUUCUUGCGGAGAAAAAUCACCCUGAACCACUUUUAUCAAAUGCUGAGUGGCUCUGGAAGUUGGCUUUUUUUGCAGAUGUUGUGACACACGUAAAUAACUUGAACUUAAAGCUCCAAGGUAAAAACAACUUAAUUUGUAAUUUAUUCUCACAAAUCAAAGCAUUCAGGGCAAAGCUGGUAUUGCUCGAAAGUCAGCUAGAUGAAUGUAAUUUUACUCAUUUCCCGUGCUGUGAAGAAUUGAAUACAGAAACCGAUGAACAAUUUCCAACCAGAUUUGCAAUAAAAGUCAUCGCAGAUUGA